AAGCUGGAACCAGGCUAAAGAUGCAGUACGAAGAAGGUUUCAAUGGUUUUAACACAGGCAGCAAAUGGUUCCUAGGCGCUUUAUGAAAAACACGCACGUGAAAGUGUAUGUUAUGUUUCACCUUCUAUCACUGAUAUUCCAGUGGAAACAGCUUGAAAAUUUAUACUUCCGUGAAAAGAAGUUUGCAGUGGAAGUUCAUGAUCCUCGUAGAGUACCAUUGUCAAGAAGAACUUUUGGGCAGACUGGGCUGGUGGUAAAUACAUGGUACGCAAGUACCUCCCUGAUCAAAUCUAUCUGGGUGAUGGCAAUAAGUCAACAUCAAUUCUACCUGGACAGGAAGCAAAGCAAAGCAAAGAUCCCAUCAGCAAGAAGUCUCAGUGAUAUUGCAGUGGACUUGACAGAUACAGGAAUGCCUAAAGCUUCUAAACUGGCAAAUGUGGAUGGCAAAAAUCCAAUUAUCACAGCUAGCAAUGGCAGUUUAAUUUCCUCAGGUUCUCAAGACUCUGAAGUCAGUGAUGAGCAAAAGAAAGAAAAGCUAAUUGAAUUGAAGCAGCGUCGGAAUGCUCUGCAAGAUACUCUUAAUCAAAGAAUGGAAGAAUUAAAGAAAAUUUGUUUACGAGAAGCAGAGUUAACUGGAAAAUUACCAAAAGAGUAUCCGCAGACAUCAGGAGAAGAACUUCCAUAUGUUAGACGUCGAGUGGGCACAACUUUCAAAUUGGAUGACACCCUGCUUCAGAGUGAAGAGGAUCCAUAUUUACAAGAUUUGGAGAAUAAGUUUGUCAUUCAGCAGAAGAUAGUAGAAGCUGCAAGAAAACUAGCCAAUGACCACGAAGUUUGCAAGAAUGUUAAAAAGAAGAGGAAACAGGAUUAUGUUGAUGCUUUGAAAAAGCUUCAAGACAUCGAGAACUCCAGCAAUGAGUAUAGAAUAAAAUGUGGGAGGAAGCCAACUCAGAGAACCUCCCUUGUUGUUCCAGAUGAGGUCAUUCCCUCCGAGACCAGUUCCUUAUCUGACACAAAUACAACAGAUGAUGAUGACCUGCGUGUUAUGCAACGGAAAAGAUCCUUUUCUAGCCAACAACCCCUGAGACCACUUCCACCACAGUCUCUUGAGCUUAAACAGAGUCGACAACGGAGAAGUUCUGCAAGUGAACAGCUUCAUGAUAAAGGGCAUAUAGGCCAAACUAGAUACAGUAGUAACGAAGGUUACUACCUGCAGGAUAUCGUGCAUGGCUGUAGGGAACUGAGCUCAACACAUAGCAGCCCCUACAGAACACAAGGGAGGCAAUUCCAUGGAGGAAGAAGUAUGCCAGCUACCCCAGUAAUGACUCGUAAUGCUUACAGCAGCAGUCAGUUACGACCUGAGCUUUCCCCGAAUCACUUCAGACAACGCAGCGGCAGCUUGGAAUCGCAAUCUCAUCUUCUGGAUGAAAGUGCAAGUGAAAGGACAGUAUUCCCCCUCUCAGUAGCUCAGAGGAGUUGCAGUACAGAGCUACUGGAUGAUGGGUCAUCCUACACCAGUCAAUCCAGUACUGAGUACUAUAUCACACCAAGUAAACCUCCCCAAUACUACAACACCAUGACAAUGGGUUGCCGGUCAAGAGAAAGACGAAGACACAAGAAACCAAUUGUUUCCUCGGCAGCUUCAGGAAGCAUGCCAAAUUUAGCACCAAAAGAUGGAAGGAAUGGAGUUUAUCAGAAUUCUUACAACCAACCUUCAUCUGACUAUUAUAUUCCAGGAUAUCCACCAUACUGUGACUAUGAGCCUUAUGGAUAUACAUUUGAAAAUGACACUGAAGGUCACUAUAAUGUUAAAGCCCCAUAUAGAUCAUCACAUUCUUACAAUGCUGAACACUACAGAGAUUACAAUAGGUCUUACCAGGGUGACAGCGAGAGUAUGCCUCAAAACCCAUAUGCAACACUGAGGAAUGUGCGUAGGAGAGGUGCUAAGAGUGAACAAAUAACCAAAAAUAUCCAGAAAGCCUUGGUUGCAGAAAGUUUGCGCGGCUGGUAUGAGCGUGCCUCAACACACAAGGAUUACGGCCUGCAGGCAGGCUUAGACUCUGACAGGGGCUCACAGCAAAGCCUAGGAUUUGCUUAUAUGCACGGUCCAUUUUCCCCUACAAGUAGGGCUACGUCUUUCACAUCAGUCUCUUCAGCGACAAGUACAGGAACUUGGCGGAGCCAGUUAACUGUCGGCCAUCAGGACUAUGAUCACGGAACUUACACAAGUUCGUUUAGUAACUCCUACAGCAAUACUACACUACACAGCAGAGCUUACCCAGAACAAAUAGACAGUGGAGACACAAGCCAGCUGGAAGAUGAUGUGUAUUCUGAAGAGCAAGUGUUGUUAUGGCAUGAAGACUCUAAACCUGGAACUCUAGUUUAAGUCAUUGCUGGUUGACUUUCAAACUUCAUUGUUUAACAUAUGGAUAACUUACUCUGUGUGCCUUGCAUCUUUCUCGAUCUGUUCAAACAAUGGUUUAUUUCUACCAAUGGGAAUCAUCCUUGGAACAUUUUCGUUUGCUGAAAGUACUGUACCUGAAUGCUGGGAAACAUAUUCUGACAGAAUUGUGCAGAAAGAGUGAAAGCUUAAAUUCCACAGGUUACAGUUUCAUAAAAGUUUGCUUUAAAUUGGUUAACAUACAUUCUAAAGAAGGAAGUCCUUUUUUUAAGUGGAUUACUUUGUAUUUAAAUCUUAGCAUGGAAGGAUAGCACUUGGAUUUUUUUUAAACUGUGAAUGCACUUUUGAAAGACUGAGUUGAUAAAAUUGGAUGCUCUUCAUUGUUCAGUGAACUUGGAGUAAAAGGAACUAUGCUUUUUGCAUAGAUAUAAAAGGUUGAAGGACAAAGCAGGGUAGUGAGUAACUUCAUAUGCUUUGGAAGUCUAAGGGUACUUUGCAUAUUAUUAAAUGAAGGAUGUCAUAUAUUUUGAUGGCAAGGAACUGUUGACUCUGAUUACUUGAAUAGUGUUUAGUGGGCUUAUGAGUUUUUUAAAUGACUAGUUGGAAUUAAGACCAGAAAAAGGUAGGCAAUACAUUUUAGAUAUUUUUCUGAGCUAGCUAGAAGAAACAUAAAGAAUUAUGCAUUCAUGUUUUUUUAAAGUGCUUUGGUAAUUUAUCCUAACAGUAGUGCUUUCAAAUGGCUUUUUAAUUUGUGGGGGAGAAGAGUUAUUGGACCAAUUGAGGCUAAUGGCAAUCAUUUCUGGACCGUAUUGAAUGCCAAACAUAACCAGUCAUGAAAAUAUGCAUCAAAGAUAUCUUUCACAAUAUGCUUCAAAGAAGGAGCACAUGGCUUGAGAGACAAUAUGCCAAAAUGCAAAAAAAAAUAGAUUUUGAAGAAAAUAAAAAGCACAAUUCUUCUGGUUUUGACUGUCAAGAUGAUAGUGCAAACUGGUUAAAACAGAGCAAUUUGAUUAUUAACCCAUCCUGAAUUCUGGUUAUGUGAUUAUCUUCGCUGGGCACAUUUGGUGCACUCCCCAUAACGCAGGUACAAUGCUGUUCUCCUGAUCCUCCUAGAUAUAUUAACUUGUUUCAAAAGGAAUCAGAGAAUUUUUGACAAUGAUACAUAAAAAAGCACUGUGGUUGAUGAAAGCAGCAAAUGACAAACUCCUCCAAGACUCGGCAGGUAAAUGAGCUAGAAGGUAAUUACUGAGAUGUGUAGACCAGUAAGCCCUUUAAAUUCAGUCUUUUAAGCUGUCAGAAGGACUUAGCUGACCUCUGUUUGUGUGAAGUAAUGGUAUUAGAGGAAUUUCUCUCCCAUUUGCAGAAAGAGGAAGGUGAAAAAUAACCCACGGUUCAGACUCCUGAAAUUUGAUAGUCGACUUAUUCUGGAAUACACAAGGUAAUGAACUCGGAAGCUUCCAAUGAUUUACGCUACAGUCAAAUAGCUUGCCAACAUUCGUCAUCAAAUUUCACUUUGAAGAAUAGGUGCCAGGAGACUGGCACCUAGGAGUGCCAGUUGCCAUGGAACUAUAUGCCAAGCAUGAGUCACCACUUACAAGAAAAGAAGGGCGAGAGCCUAAGUAAUUGGCUAUUGCCUUUCUCUUGCUGACUGCUAUUUAAGCUAUAGUUACCAUGGUGAGGUUUGAAAGGACUGACUUCAAAGUUCAUCUCAAAAGAACAGUGCAAAAACAAAAGCAUGUAAACAAGAUAGAAAGCCUCGAGACAUGAUAUCUUUCACAGCGAGAAAGGUGAACCUGCGAACAAAAUGUUUCCUUUCUAAAACAGAAGUGCUCAUGAGGCUCACACUACCUCACUAUUUCCUUGGAAAAUACAUACGUUUACCAGUUCAGGGCCUGGGGAUGUUUUAAUGUGGCAUUUACAGUAUAUGAAUAUUACAAGUUGGUGUGUCGAAGACCUGGCAAUGUUAUUCCAAGUUCUAACUGGUGAAUGUGUGCUCGCCAUGCUGGAAUCCAUGGAAAGGUGCUGUCAUUCCUUUUUUUUUAAAACAAGGGGAAAAAUGUUGCAGUUUUGUUUAUUAUGUAAAGUUUCUGAAAUGACACUUUUUGUGAACAUUUUUAUUAUUUUUUUUUCAAAGCAUGUAAUAUAUAGUAAACUAAUUUGGUAAGCUGGUUCUUAGUUUUUUUUAUUCUUGAGAAAAAGGUUUCGAUUCAUAUGGGAAUUUGGAAACAAAGCUUUUAACUUAUUCUUUUGCAUAUUUGUACAGCUUUCCCCAGAGAGAAACUUUUGUGUAUGCCUUUACAUAAUACUCCUGUCUUCCUUCCUACUAUAAAAAGAAUGUGCUUUAAAAACAGGAGGCCAACAAAUAAAGCAUAUGUUUCCUGUGUGUAUUUUUUUGUAAUUCUACACAGCUCGACGUCAGUGCUGCAAUAUCUUUAUUUUUUUCAAUAAAUCAAUUUUCCCCCCAUAUUGUGAAUAUA